AUGCCCUCGAACGAUCCAUUGUGGGCUGCCGCGUCGCCGAAUCCGUCGACCUCUUCCUGGUUUGCGGGAGCGACGACGACAAAACUCCUCGUCAUUCUUUCCGUGGUUGCGUACGGGACAAUGCACACACAAAAGACGUUCCCCGCGUGGCAGUUUGAUGCUCAACUGAUUCGUGACGGACAAUGGCACCGCUUAUUCUCUUCCAAAGUUGCCUUUGGUACUCCGGGUACGGCACUCCUAGGCACGACGCUCGGCGUCCUAUUCUCCCGACAGUUUGAACGUGAACUCGGUAGUAGGCGGUUCGUCUCGUUCGUUCUCUUUGUCCAAAUUGUCGCCGUACUGUUGGAAGCGGGUUUGUUGGCCACCGCGUUUCCGUACCCUUGGCGGUACUCGGGACCCUACGCUCUUCUCGGCGCUGCCUUUCGCCUCUACCACGUCCAUACACCCCGCCUACAUCCACGCUUUUUUGGAGUCCUCGGAUUUUGGUGUUCCGAAAAGGCGGUCUACUAUCUAUGGAUGCUGCAACUGACAGGGUCCGGCGGAUACUCCACCGUUGGAGCUACGGCCACGGGAUGGCUCGCCGCAGUUCUUUACACGCGUCUCGGUAGUACCAGCAGCAGUGGCAUUGCCCAUCUACCCACCGUUUUGGAUAUUCCGGAUUGGCUCGUGGCGUUAUGGAAACCAAUAGGAGAUCGCGUCGGUGAUGUUCCGCCGAGGUUGUUGGUUCCGCGCACGGCAGCGGCGGGGCGACCGGGCUUCGCGCCCGCACCCCAUCCCAUCUUUGGAGGGCAGCCGUUACCCCCGCCCGCUCCCACCGUACGUACUCCUGUCGUUGUUGAACCGGAUCCAGCCGCCCGGGAACAACUUUUGCUCAUGGGCUUUGACGCCGACGCCGUGGAGCAAGCCCUCCGGGAGACCCGGAACGACGUGAAUCGAGCGGCGGAUCGCCUACUCAACCAGUAA